AAGCUGCCCAAUCGCGGACGAGCAGCUGCAUUAGCCUCCUUAGCUUACGGGAGGAACAUGGCGGAUCGUCUCACACAGCUGCAGGACGCGGUGAACUCGCUUGCAGAUCAGUUUUGUAAUGCCAUUGGAGUGUUGCAGCAGUGUGGCCCUCCUGCCUCUUUUAGUAAUAUUCAGACAGCAAUUAACAAAGAUCAGCCAGCUAAUCCUACAGAAGAAUAUGCCCAGCUUUUUGCGGCACUGAUUGCACGAACAGCAAAAGACAUUGAUGUUUUGAUAGAUUCAUUACCCAGUGAAGAAUCUACAGCUGCAUUACAGGCUGCUAGCUUGUAUAAGCUGGAAGAAGAAAACCACGAAGCUGCUACAUGUCUGGAGGAUGUUGUUUAUCGAGGGGACAUGCUUCUGGAAAAGAUACAAAGUGCACUUGCUGAUAUUGCGCAGUCACAGCUGAAGACAAGGAGUGGUACCCAUAGCCAGUCUCUUCCAGAUUCAUAGUACCAGUAUGUACCCUGUGUCUGAGAAAAGAACUAUUUCAGUGCCAUUAAGAAUUCUGCAUCAAAUUUAGAUGUAAGCCUUACCAACAGUUACAGAAACAUUAAGCACUAGGACACGUUAACUUUUUAGCUAUUUUUUAAUAGUCUCUAUUUUCACUCUUGAUAAAUAAGCCUCUAAAAAUUGGAAUUGAAACAGCUUUAAACCAUCAUUAUACUAUCAUUUUUUUUAUUAUCAGAAUUAAAUUAUUGAGGCAGAUAUUGCAUUAAUGGUUAUAAUUAAACAGAUGUACUUUAAAAUUCUAUUGUGACAUUUCUAUCUUUAUUCUUAUCAAAUUUCUACAGUCUUUUUACAAAUCAAAAUAUCCCUUAAGCCAGAGGAGAGGUGGUAAGUGCAGAGAUAUGGGACAUUUCAAUUUAAACCGAUGCCCUUCUGCCUCUUCAGAGAUGACAUUAAAUACAUUUGGAGCUUGGGCCAGGAAAGUUUCUGAAGCCAUGUUUCUUUUAAGAAGCAUGUGGCCGGAUGAGAGAUUAGAUCACUUUUAUGGAAACAUUCCUCAUUUUCCGGAACCUCAUACCCAUUCUAGUUCAUCUCCACAUGUGUUUCUACUAAGAAAUUGUCUUCUCUGUAGAAUUCCCAUGCUAUUAUGACAACAUUUUUCUUCAUCCUGAACUAUCCUUUUUCAUAGCUUUUGACCUGCUUUUUCCUUCCUAAUUUGUGUGGUGAAGUAUGUUCCCUGAGUCAUCAGUUCCUUCUCUUCCUUUUUAUGUAUCUGAAGGUCCUGGUUCUGACUUGUUAACCUGUCAACCUUUAUUCUUGUGUUCUAAUCUGACAAGAACAUAAUUCUACUACAUUAGUUACUUUAUCAUUUUAUGCAUUCCACCUUACUUUGUUAUUGCUAACAUUUGUGUCAGUAUUACCAAGUAUGAUUAUGCAUCCAACUUUUGGUUCUCCUCGAACCUACUGAUUAUUUCUACUAGAAAGCUGGAGUUGAAAUGUAUUCCACAUUGUAACUGGUUCUGUCUCCUGAGGCUACAUUUUUCAGAAUAUCCUGAGCUCCAUUUCCUACAAUCUGUUACUAUCCUGAGUUUAAGAAAGUGCAAGAACAGUAGUCUCAGAUUCUGCUUGUCAUUCCCAUCAUAAUCAAGCUCUUCCACAGUUCUUGAAAAAUACUGCUUAGAGGCACAUUUUAACUCUAAAGUAAAAUUUAUACAGUCAUUAAUUUUUAAAGUUAAAUGUUCUUCAUACUAAUAAAUAUUUAAAAUGUUAGGUUUAUUCUCUCUGGCAUCACUUAAAAUCAUUUUACUUUUAGACACUAGCAUGAGAUAGAAGAUAAGGAACUCACAAAGUAAUAUUCAAAGUACUGAACCCUAUUCAAUACAGUUAACCCAGAGAGAGAAGAAUGAAAAGUUCUAGCCAUAAGCUGGUAGACUAUUAUUUAUCCUUACCUGAGAGAAAUUUUUUUUUGAAAUUGCCUGUUUUUACCAUUUAAGGUGUUAUAGAAAAAUGACAAUGCACAUAUUGAACUAUUCAUAAAGAAUGUAUGGAAUAAUUCAUAAAGACUGUAUUUAGCAGCUUCUCUUGGCCAUCAUUUUGUGGACAUGGCUGUUGGAUAAGAAGUCCUCAAAGUUGAAAUGGGGGUAUGGGCAGUGAUGAUUUUGCUGUCCAGCACAUGGCUUUGGGAGGGCAAAAAACAAUGGGUGUCUGUGUCUUUCAUCUCCUGGUUCCUGCCUACCUUUCCCUUCUACCCAGAUCUAAGUUGUUUUAAGGAGAAAAAUUCUUAAAGAUGGGGCCAUGGUCUCUCUCUUCCAAAAGGACCAUAGACCCAAUAUCGCUGUUGGAAUUUUCUGGAGAUCUAAAGGAAAGGAGGGACACAAACUUUCAUGGCUUUGUUGGAUAUGGGUGCCCAAGUUACUGUCAUACCUGGUCUACUGGGGAGAAGGGACACACAAGUUCAACCUUGGGUCUAGGCAAAGUAACCAGUGAGGAAGUUAAAUAUAACUUUAGGACUAAAUAUAACUUUGAGGCUGUCCUGGUAACACUGUGGUCAUGGCUUCUAUGAAUGUAUUAUUGGAGUAGACACCCUGUACACUUGUCAUUCCCCACACCAAUGCCAGAAAAGAUACUCCCAUUCAGGACAUGCUAAAGGUAGAGAGGUAGUUGUGUGACAUGUAAAACAGUGCCCAACCCAUCUCCCUGUCUUUUGCCUGUGGGUAACCUGGCUACCGACAAUUUAAUGAACGCUGUGCUCCUAGAAAACAGUUAGCAAUUUGGUUCCUCCUUCCUGUUUUAUUCCAGGCAGGCAAUGGCUUAUUGCAAAGAACCAUCUUUUCCCAUAUGACUUUGUUCACCUGUGACAAAGCUAGACCCAGAUCUCCAAAUUCCCGUUCUUUGUCUCAUAAAUGGUUAGUUGAUCUCUUUGUUCCCAAAGACCAAUCUGGACAAAAUACCCUCUAAUGACUUGAUCAAACUUUAGGCUUCUCCCCGCAUAAGCCCCUGAAUUUUAAUCCACCCUCAGCUUGAGCCUGCACUGGAUGUGGAAUAGUCUCUCCUGAGUGACACCUCGCACAAAUUAACUGAUCACUAAAAGACUUUCCCUGAUCAACUGUCCCAUUAUGUCACCUGCUUAUCUCCUUCACACUCGGAUUUUUCAUUCAUUGUUUAUAUACUCCUUUCUAUAAAAAGCUCUGUUCCACCUGAUCUUUGAGACAAUUGCAGAUCUUAUGGUCAGAGCAUUCUCCUUAUUUCCACAAUCUUUUCCAAUAAAGUCUUUCUGUACCUAAGUCUGGAUUUGUUUUUACUUAACACCACUCACCUGUGUAGGACAAAACCUCAUCUACUCUCAUAACAGAGCCCUGGAGACUAAGGCUGGGGCAAAGGGGACUGAGGCACUCAUUCACUGUGAAGUAAUAAGAAAGCUAUCAGAACAUCUAUGUGUAUAGUUAGGAUAAAAAAAUAUAAAGAAAAUAAUAAAUAUUAAAAACCCAACCCUGUGAGGUGUAAAUAACUCAGAUGUAAGAGGAAAUUAUAACAGAGGUUAGGACAUAAUUCAGAACUUAAUGAAAAUAUUACAUAUAGAAACUUGUGGGGAGCAGAGCAGGCACACAGGGGAGGUGACCUCAUGGCAGGUAACGAAUCAUCAUUAGUCAAGAUGUUCUUUAGCACCUGAGCCUCCCUGCUUUAAAAAGGAACCACCCAGUGCUCACUUCGGCAGCACAUAUACUAACAUUGGAAUGAUACAGAGAAGAUCAGCAUGGCCCCUGUGCAAAGAUGACACGUAAAAAGGAACUACCCAAAGAGAAAGACUUUCGAAACCCAAGGCUCAGGGGUCUGCACAGCAACCUUAAUAGGAGCUGUGAAUCCAGAGCUCUUUGUAAACCUGACCAACCCAUAAUGGCUUUUGCACUGAUAACCCUUUCGCUUUGGGCAACUUGGACUGGUUAUCUACAGAGUGACGCUAGAGAAUACAAAGAAACUCUAGGAAGCUAUUGAUAGGCACAGUUACACGAGGAGGAAAACAUCUAAAUGGGAUUAAUAGUGAUGGAUACCGAAGGAGCUUUGUUAAGGACUCUAACAUCUUUGAAUGAGUGUAUGCACAGCACCAUGCUUCUCAUUCUAGAAAAUGUCAAUGAGGAACGAGGUUAGCAGUUGGAACCAGGCCGCUAGAGUACAUUUCAUCCCUUCAGAGCAGCAGCAUCGUUCUUUUUUCACAGCAAGAGCUUCUCAAUUUGUUUCUUUUAUUAAGUUCUUGUAUAAAAGUGCCAUGAGAAUGAAAGUCAUUUUUCGUUAUUAAGUUUUAUAUACAUAAAAAAAAAGUACUUAGUGCUGUUGAAAAGGAAGAGAAAGAAAAAAGAAAAACUUGUGGCAUCUUCUAAGCAUUUAGGAGAAAAUGCAAGUAUUACCUUCCUUGCUUAUAUUAGGAAAGAAGAGGCUGAAAAUUCAUGAGCUAAGCUUCCAACUGAAAGAAGGACAUAAUAAAGGCAACAUAAGAAAUUAAGAACCAUACCAUGAGAAAAUAAGGAAAGCCUAAAGUUGGGCUUCAAAGAGUGAUAAAAUCAGGGCACCUGGGUGGCUCGGUUAGUUAAGCAACCGACUCUUGAGCUCAUGUCAUUAUCUCACAGUUCGUGAGAUCAGGCCCCACAUCAGGCUCUAGGCUGACAGCAUGGUGCCUGCUUGGGAUUCUCUCUCUUCCUCUCUUUCCCUCCCCCGCUAGCCCUAUCUCUCUCAAAAUAAUAAACAUUUUUUUAAAAAGAGUAAUAAAAUUGACAACUUAGGCAAGUUUGAUUAGAAAAAAAGAUGAUGUAAACAAUAAGAACUGUUAAAGUCCUAUGCCUUGAUUUUAAAAUAUUGAGAAAAUUUGAAUAAUGUUAUGUGCUAAUGAAUUUGAAAAGUUUUGAUAAAAGGACUUAGAAAAAAAUAGUGUAGUAAA